AUGGCAGGCGUUAGACUUCAAUAUCGCAGACGCAACCCUUACAACACCACCUCGAACAAUGUCCGAGUGAUCAAGACUCCCGGUGGAAAGCUCCGACUGCUACACAUCAAGAAGCGAGGAACUGCCCCUAAAUGCGGUGACUGCGGCGUCAAGCUGCCAGGCAUCCCAGCCCUCCGACCCCGACAAUACGCCACCACUUCAAGACCCCAAAAGACAGUGCAACGUGCCUACGGUGGAUCGAGAUGCGCCAACUGCGUACGAGACCGGAUCGUCCGAGCUUUCUUGAUUGAAGAGCAGAAGAUCGUCAAGAAGGUGCUCAAGGAGACCCAGGAGAAGAAGACUGGCAAGAAGUAA